CAGUAUUUAGAAGACAGUUAUAAACAAGAUGCAUUAAAUAGCAAGGUAGCAGAUGAACAUCAGGAAGCAACAUCCAGGAGGUUCCAUCCACGGAACCUCACCAUGGAUACACUUGUGAUCAAGGGCCUGGUCUCCCCUCAAGACAAGGUCACAGAUCAGAGGCCACACCAUCAUAGCAGUGGAGCAGGCCAGCCGGGACAGGGUCCUUCUGUGGCACCUGCUGCAUCACCAGGCUGUGUGAACGGACUCAAUUGCCAGAACUCACAGAACAGCAGUAUGAGCACCAAAACCUCACAGGAAAAAUGGAGAAAGUGAUGGAUGAUUUCAGAACUUCAGCUCCUGAGGCAAGAGGUCCUCCCAACCCUAAUGUCGAAUAUAUUCCCUUUGAUGAAAUCAAGGAAAGAAUACUGAAAAUUGUCACUGGAUUUAAGGUGCACGGCCAUCAAACUGGAACAUCAGCUCUCCGGCCCUCAAACUGCAACUGGAAUAUCAGCUCAACAUCAGCUCCUCUCCAGGUCUACGGCUGCAAGACCCUCAAACCGGAACAUCAGUUCCUCCCCAGGUCUGCGGCUGCAAGACCCUCAAAUAGGAAAAUCAGUUCCUCGCCGGGUCUGUGGCUGCAAGACCCUCAAACCAGAACAUCAGCUCCUCCCCGGGUCCACGGCUGCAAGACCCUCAAACCAGAACAUCAGCUCUUCCCCGGGUCCACGGCUGCAAGACCCUCAAACCAAAACAUCAGCUCCUCCCCGGGUCCGCGGCUGCAAGAGCCUCAAACCGGAACAUCAGCUCCUCCCCGGGUCCGCGGCUGCAAGACCCUCAAACCGGAAUGUCAGCUCCUCCAUGGACACCCAAACCGGAACAUCGGCUCCUCCCCGGGUCUGCGGCUGCAAGACCCCGAAAGCGAAACAUCAGCUGCUCCCCGGGUCUGCGGCUGCAAGAGCCCCCCAAACCGGAACAUCAGCUACUCUGUGGGUCUGCUGCUGCACAACCCUCAAACUGAAAAAUCACCUCCUUCCUGGGUCUGUGCCAGCAAGACUCUCGAACCGGAACAUCAUCCCCUCCCCAGCUGA